AUGACCUCCUCAGACACCAGCCCGUCCCCCAGCGAGAACCUUGUGCUUACAGACCCUCCCUGGACUCAACUUGCCUUUGUUUUCCCCCCCUUGUUUCCCCAAGUGUGUGGCUGUGGCCUGGCCCAGUCAGGCUUCUUCUUCAAGAACCAGGAGUACAUCUGCACCCAGGACUACCAGCAACUCUACGGCACCCGCUGUGACAGCUGCCGGGACUUCAUCACAGGCGAGGUCAUCUCCGCCCUGGGCCGUACCUACCACCCCAAAUGUUUCGUGUGCAGCUUGUGCAGGAAGCCUUUCCCCAUCGGAGACAAGGUGACCUUCAGCGGUAAAGAAUGCGUGUGCCAGACGUGCUCCCAGUCCAUGGCCAGCAGUAAGCCCAUCAAGAUCCGCGGACCCAGCCACUGCGCUGGGUGCAAGGAGGAGAUCAAGCAUGGCCAGUCGCUCCUGGCGCUGGACAAGCAGUGGCAUGUCAGCUGCUUCAAAUGCCAAACCUGCAGCGUCAUCCUGACCGGGGAGUACAUCAGCAAGGAUGGCGUUCCGUACUGCGAGUCCGACUACCACUCCCAGUUUGGCAUUAAAUGUGAGACUUGUGACCGAUACAUCAGCGGCAGGGUCUUGGAGGCAGGAGGGAAGCAUUACCACCCAACUUGUGCCAGAUGUGUACGCUGCCACCAGAUGUUCACUGAAGGGGAGGAAAUGUAUCUCACAGGUUCUGAGGUUUGGCACCCCAUCUGCAAGCAGGCAGCCCGGGCAGAGAAGAAAUUAAAGCAUAGACGAACAUCUGAAACUUCCAUCUCACCCCCUGGAUCUAGCAUUGGGUCACCCAACCGAGUCAUCUGCGACAUCUACGAGAACCUGGACCUCCGGCAGAGACGGGCCUCCAGCCCGGGGUACAUCGACUCCCCCACCUACAGCCGGCAGGGCAUGUCCCCCACCUUCUCCCGCUCACCUCACCACUACUACCGCUCUGCUGGAGACAGUAACAUCUACCGGAAACCCCCGAUCUACAAACGGCAUGGUGAUUUGUCUACAGCAACCAAGAGCAAAACAAGUGAAGACAUCAGCCAGGCCUCCAAGUACAGUCCAGCCUACUCGCCAGACCCCUACUAUGCUGCGGAGUCUGAGUACUGGACCUACCAUGGGUCCCCCAAAGUUCCCCGAGCCAGAAGGUUCUCAUCUGGAGAGGAGGACGACUUUGACCGCAGCAUGCACAAGCUCCAGAGCGGAAUCGGCCGGCUGAUUCUGAAGGAGGAGAUGAAGGCCCGGUCGAGCUCCUACGCGGACCCCUGGACCCCUCCCCGGAGUUCCACCAGCAGCCGGGAGGCCCUGCACACAGCUGGCUACGAGAUGUCCCUCAAUGGCUCCCCUCGGUCGCACUACCUGGCUGACAGCGAUCCCCUCAUCUCCAAAUCCGCCUCCCUCCCUGCCUACAGAAGAAAUGGGCUGCACAGGACGCCCAGCGCGGACCUCUUCCACUACGACAGCAUGAACGCAGUCAACUGGGGCAUGCGAGAGUACAAGAUCUACCCUUAUGAGCUGCUGCUAGUGACCACAAGGGGAAGAAACCGGCUGCCCAAGGACGUAGACCGGACCCGUUUGGAGCGCCACCUGUCCCAGGAAGAGUUCUACCAAGUCUUCGGCAUGACCAUCUCCGAGUUCGACCGGCUGGCCCUCUGGAAGAGGAAUGAACUGAAGAAGCAAGCCCGGCUGUUCUAGGCAGAGGCUCUAUAAAUAUAUAUGCAUUUAUAUAAAGAUAUAUGUAAAGCGUCUAUACUGAAGCUCGGUGUAACCCUCUCUUGUGUAAUGGGCCACACCGCCUGCCGUGAGACUCGCUUUUCUGCACCGUCGGGCAAGCCCACGUCAUCGAGAUAUUUUUAUGCUCCUUACUUUCUCUUUUCUAAGUGCUGUGGGAUCUGGGAAGGGAUUUGAGGGGACUCCAUCCUUUUACGGGGGACCCUUUUUAUACUGAAACACCUGUCCUAGUUGAGUCCCCCAAGGUCCAACUCUCUUUCCUAAAGAAGGUGCCUGAAGAAUCUCUCUUCUCUCUGCUUCUGGGCCCUUUUACCAAGUCACCAGGGCUCACGGUGACCAUGUGGCUGUCACACCUUAUUGGCCCCAGAGGGGCCCUCCCAUGGGAAGAUCCGUGGCGAUCUUCCAAAAUCACUGAGCGCCUUUGAGAGCCCGUAAAGAACUUUCUCAACACCCCCAGUUAGGAGCUCAGUGCUCUCUGGGGACGAUGCAGUUAGAAGUAGGAGCCUCAAACCCACUCAUUACACCAGUAAACAGAUGUGGAUAGGGCCUAGGCCUCUCCUCAGCUCUUCCACCCUCCUCCUCUGCCCUGCUUUGUAACCUCUCCCUUAUCCAAACCUAGGACUUACCGUUAGGAAAAGAAAAAAGGCGCUUCUCUUCCCUCCACCACUCCCAAUUGGCCCCUUUGCUUGCCUGCAUCUGGGGAGCCAGAGGAAGGGAGCGGGAGGCAGAGCAGGGCCCUGUUAGAAUCACAGCUGCAGGACCUCUGGGACGCUCCUCUCUCCCUCACUGCUCCCAGCACCUCCUGACCCUGCCCCCUUGCAAGGAGAGGCCCAUUACUGCAGCCUGUAUUCUUCAGCCUUAUUACAAUCUAUGUGCCUGACAACUCAACGCUCCACAGGGCUCCCCCACUGCAGCUCCAACCGAACAACUAGACAGACGGCUCUACCCACCCCUCUAGAGGUAAGGUAGGCCAUGUCCCAAGGAAAUGUUCUUGGUCUACAUCUCUGGUCCUUGGGCUGGCAGGGCAACCGUUCUGGACCCCCACCAAUCCUGAGCUCCUGCUGCAAAUGUGGCCAUGUUUCAUGGGGGAAACUUCUGGAAGAGUGGCUGAGAUUCUGAGAUUCCAAAAGGAAGUGUUGGCCAACACCGCUCAAGGUCAUCCUGGAUUUCCCAGUGGCUGCCUCUCCUGCCUCCUUGCCUUCUGCAACAGGGGUGAAAGCUUGACCUUCUCUCUUCCCCUCUCCAAACUUUCAACUCUGAGUUGGUGUUUGGUGGGGGCUGGUUCCUUCUUGGAGAUGCCCUGAGUCGAACCACUUUGAGGCCAUGGAGGAGGGAUGAAGAAGUGGAAAUGACAAUUAUGAUUCUCAAGAGGCCGGUGACGUGACGUGGCAAAUGUAGAACUGACUUAAAUUCCACAAACCCUCACUGAGCACCUGCUGAAUACUGAGCACCUGCUGAAUACUGAGCACCUGCUGAAUACUGAGCACUGGAUGGGGGAGGGGGAGGGGAGCACUGGGAUGAAUCCACAGGGGCUCUGGUCUUGGGGACAUGCCCACUAAUAGUGGGUGUCAUGAGGCAUGUACCCAAGCAUAGUGGACGUAAGGCAGAAAGUGAUCGGAGAAGGCACGAGGAAGUGUGUGUGACGUUAAGGAAAAGGCGUGUGCAGUCGGAGCAGACCGAGGAAAGCUUUCUGGAAGAGAUUGCAUCUGAGCAAAAUUCAGGAAGGAUCUUUGUAAACUGUGGGAGACUCUAAGUUUAAAGGUGGUAGGUGAGGGGCCGGAAGGGAAGUCUGAUGUGCUCUCAUUUACAAUGUCAGCCCUCCCUGCACUUUCUCUUUUUGGCCAAUGUCUUCCGACUUUCCCUGACCCUUUAUAAAUGUCCCCAGCCAGACACAAUCCUUGAAACUGCCUCAUUAUCACUAAUUGAGAACUUGGCGAGAUUGGAGGGCUUUUGUUAUUGUUGUUGGAUAUUUUUGUUUCCCAUAAAAGCACAUCAUUUCAACCC